GUGUAAUUAAAGAUUUAUUAUUGAUGUAUUGAAGAAAAGAAUUUGAGAAUCUCUCCAUUGAACAAUUCAUAAGUUUAAAAUUCCAACAUCAUGUCAACAUUGGAGGAUAAAAUUUUGGGAGAAAAAUUACACUACUACUGCAGCAGUUCUAGUGAAGAUGAUGGAAAUGAUUCUGGAGAUUCCGAUAAAGAAUGUGAUGAUGUCAAAUAUACUGACAAUACUGCACAAUAUAUUGCACCUUCAUAUUCGGAAUGGGAUGGAACUUCCAGUAAUACAGGACCUAAAGGUGUUAUAAAGGAUUGGCAGCGAUAUAAACAGUUAGAAGCAGAAAAACGAGAAUCACAAGAGAAAGAAAGACUACAGUUGAUCAACAAAUUGAGUUUAACAUGCCGCAGUGCUUUAGAUGAAGAAAAGGAAAAACUGAAUGAGACAGAUCCAGAGUUGGCAAAUUUAUUAAGUGAUGAAUUUCUUCUAGAAUAUCAGAAACAAAGAAUGAAAGAAAUGCUUGCAAAAACAGAAAAACUUUUUGGAAGAGUUAUCGAUUUGGAGAACACAGAUCAAUUUUUACAAGCCAUUGAUGGAGAAGACAAAUCAAUAAUUGUUAUCGUUCACAUUUACGAGGAUAAUGUAUCUGGCUGUGAAGCCAUGAAUGGAUGUUUAAUAUCUCUUGCAGAAGAAUAUCCUUAUGUCAAAUUUUGUAAAAUUCUAGGUUCAAUUGCAGGUCUCAGCAAACAAUUCAAAAAAUUUGGUGUACCAACAUUGCUGGUGUACAAAAAUGGACAAGUAAUAGGAAACUUCAUUCAUGUUACGGAUCAUCUGGGAGUAGAUUUUUAUUCAUCAGACGUGGAAGCAUUCCUUAUCGAACAUGGAAUUCUCGCUGAUAAAAAUUGCAUACCUCUUAUUGUUUUGAAGAAUGAAAAUAAGGUUUCCGAUAGCGAAUAAAAAGUUAUUCUGUUUAAGAUAAUUCAUUAAUAUAUUUUAAUAAAUCAAAAUAACUUACUUAAUAACACUUACACCAUACAAUAUUUAUCAAGAGUUUAUUCAAUACAAUAAGAUGUAAAUGCA